GAAAGAAAAUAAAAUCCCUAUUGUUAAGUCUAGUGGGAAAUAAAAUAUAACAAUAAUAUUAAAGUAAUAAACAAUAUUUAUAUCAUAGUGUUUAUUCAGUAACACUUUUACCUAUUGAAUCUACAUCGUAGGGUGGUUUUCAGUGUAGACUAGAAGCUAACAUGGCACCCCCACCAAAAGGCAAAGCCCCAACAAGGGGAGCAAAACAAAUAUUCACCGAGAACAGAGCUACGGUAAACUUCUACCGCAACAUAUCACUUGUUACUUCACUGAUUUACCACAGCACCACACUCGCUUUACACUUCAGAGACAUAACAUCUGGAACUAUCCUCCUCAACUUGAUUGUCUCAAUACUAUAUAUAGGCAGUCAUCAAGUCAUGUAUUUUCUCAGCUACCCACAAUAUGCAGAAAAUGGUCAAAUGAUAGAUCCCGGCUUAGAUCUGAACAUGGAAGGUGGAAUUGGAGAGCACAUUAAAGAUAUUGUUAUACUGACGGCGAUCACACACCUUCUGACUCUCUUCUCUGAUUACUUUUGGCUAUUGCUGCUGUUGUUGCCGGCACGAAUUUUCUGGCUAGUGUGGGUGAACUUCCUAGGGCCAUGGUUCUUUGAAAAGGCACCUGAGGAUACCGAGCAAGAUGAAAAAAAACGCAAAAAAAUGGAGCGCAAAAUGAAGCGAUUCCCACAGUAAAAGUGGUGUGAAACAUAAUUGCAACCAUGAAAUGAUUCUAGAUUUUCUUUACAUUCAUUAAAUGUUUGUAGCAUUAUUGAUGUCAGUGUUUCAACAAGUACAAAAUGGUCAAACUUGGUGAAGUGGGCGAAGGGGUGAGGGUUGUCCUCAGUUAUUAAGAUGAAAGCUGUGAUUUUUAUGCAAUGUUUGACCGGGUUUAGUGUGAAUUUUAAUAAGUAGACUGAAAAUAAAUGGUCAAAUGAACUGUCCAUAUGGAUUUGACUUUACCAAGUUAGACUAUAAUAUUUUUAUUUAUUUUAAGUUGUUUUAAGUAUAAUUAUACUUAAAUCAAUUUAAAAAAACAUUUAUGUAGACAUAUUUAUAUAAUCCAAUGUAUAAUUGAUACAAUUUUUACAUUAACAGCCUGUAAAUUUCCCACUGCAGGGCUAAGGCCUCCUUUUACCUUUGAGGAGAAGGUUUGGAGCAUAUUUCACCACAUUGCUCCAAUGCAGGUUGGGGGAUACACAUGUGGCAUAUUUUGUUGAAAUUAGACACAUGUAGCUUUUCUCACGAUGUUUUCUUCACCGCCGAGCACGAGAUGCAUUAUAAACACAAAUUAAGCACAUGAAAAUUCAGUGGUGCUUGCCUGGGUAUGAAGAUCAUUGGUUAAGAUGUACGCGUUCUAACCUCUGGGCCAUCUCGGUUCUCAGUUCUAUCCAAUCAUCCAAGCUCUCAGCCAUUGAUACAAUAGAUUGAAGUCAUUACAAUGAAAUACUCUUAUUACUUAUUUAUGAAACUAUGUGUUUAACAGUAAGUUUUAAAUAUGUAAUUAAUGUCUACUGAAUAAUCCAAUCCAUAAUAAAUGUCUAAUGAAUAAUCCAAUAGUGUUUAAGAUUUACUGUACUGCAAUAGGCGCAAAGUAAUUUAUGUAUUACUUUUGAAAUAUUUCAAAGGUACAUUUAAUUACAAUAUGUGACUGUUUCAUGCAAUUUGAAUAUCAAUAAAGGACUUUUUCUGCUCUCAA